AUGCCCAAUGCUGCUGCGCACCUGCCCUUUUACUACGGCAGCAUUGCCAGGUCAGAAGCUGAGGAGUACCUCAAGCUGGCGGGCAUGUCGGAUGGCCUGUUCCUGCUGCGGCAAUGCCUGCGCAAUCUGGGGGGAUAUGUCCUCUCCAUGGUCUGCAACCUGCAGUUUUAUCACUACUCCAUUGAGCGCCAGAUGAAUGGUACCUACGCCAUUGCGGGGGGCAAGGCACACUGUGGGCCGGAGGAGCUCUGCGAAUUCUACUCAAAGGAUGCUGAUGGGCUUUGCUGCACCCUCCGCAAGCCUUGCAAUCGCCCCAGUGGCGUGGAGCCCCAGCCCGGUGUCUUCGACAGCAUGAGGGACAAUAUGGUGCGCGAAUAUGUCCGGCAGACAUGGAAACUAGAGGGGGAUGCACUCGAACAGGCCAUCAUAAGUCAGGCUCCACAGGUGGAGAAACUCAUUGCCACCACUGCGCAUGAGAGGAUGCCCUGGUAUCAUGGUAACAUUGCCCGGGACGAAGCUGAACGGAGGCUUUACUCCGGAGCGCAACCUGAUGGGAAAUUCCUGCUGAGAGAAAGGAAGGAAAACGGCACCUAUGCUCUCUCCCUUGUCUAUGGCAAAACCGUGUAUCACUAUCGCAUAGACCAGGACAAGUCCGGCAAGUACUCCAUCCCUGAAGGAACCAAGUUCGACACGCUCUGGCAGCUGGUAGAGUACUUAAAACUCAAAGCAGAUGGACUGAUAUUCUACCUGAGGGAAAGCUGCUCCAACCCCAAUAUGCCAGCUUCUGCAGCACCAGUUCCACCCGCCCACCCCUCUGUGAGCAGACAGCUUGGGAUUCUCAAUGCAGAUGGAUAUACACCAGAGCCUAUAGGCGUAGGAAAGUCAUGCCUGCUACCAAUGGACACCAGGGUUUAUGAGAGCCCUUACAGUGACCCUGAGGAACUGAAGGAUAAGAAACUCUUCCUGAAGAGGGACCACCUGAUGAUCGACGAAGUGGAACUGGGGGCAGGAAACUUUGGCUGCGUCAAGAAAGGCGUUUACAAAAUGAGAAAGAAGCAGAUUGAUGUGGCCAUCAAGGUGCUGAAGAGCAACAACGAGAAAACAGUGAAGGAUGAAAUGAUGAAGGAAGCCCAGAUCAUGCAUCAGCUGGACAACCCCUAUAUUGUCCGCAUGAUUGGGGUCUGUGAGGCAGAGUCCCUGAUGCUCGUGAUGGAGAUGGCUUCUGGAGGCCCACUCAACAAGUUCUUGGCUUCCAAGAAAGAUGAGAUUGCAGUCAGCAAUGUUGUGGAGCUGAUGCAUCAAGUAUCCAUGGGCAUGAAGUAUUUGGAGGAAAAAAACUUUGUCCACAGGGACCUGGCAGCUAGAAAUGUCCUGCUGGUCAACCAACAUUAUGCCAAAAUCAGUGAUUUCGGACUCUCCAAGGCUCUUGGUGCUGAUGACAGCUAUUACAAGGCUAGGACAGCAGGAAAGUGGCCCUUGAAAUGGUAUGCCCCGGAGUGCAUCCUCUAUCACAAGUUCUCAAGCAAGAGUGAUGUAUGGAGUUAUGGUGUGACCAUGUGGGAGGCCUUCAGUUAUGGGCAGAAACCGUACAAGAAAAUCAAAGGCCCUGAGGUCAUCAGUUUCAUAGAGCAAGGCAAGCGCAUGGACUGCCCUGUGGACUGCCCAGCAGAGAUGUACGCCCUCAUGCAGCAGUGCUGGACCUACAGAUGGGAAGAACGUCCAGGGUUUAUUUCUGUGGAAAACACAAUCCGCUCCUACUACUACAGUAUUGCUACCAAGACAGAAAAUGGGUCAGAGACCGAGGACAAGUCAAAAGCAGCUCUUCACUGAGCUUUCUUCUCUGCUCCUCAGCACGUAUCCCGCUGGACUUCUUGAAUGGGACCUCUUUGCAAAUUUCUGCUUUAAUCUCGUUUGCUGGUUUCGUUUCUCAAGUAGUCCCAGAAAUAAGAAGUUGGGAGAAAAUGAUGCUGCCACAGCAGACAAGAGAACUCCAUAACAGAACAACCAUAACUUGUGUCUCCACAUACAAAGAGCUAGCAAUGAUUUACAUCCCCAGCCUGACCCCCACGUGGGACAGUGCAGAACAGCAUUCUUACCCACCUCCAAAAUCUCAUCCCAGGACCUCAGUGCUUAAUGCCUACCAGGCUUACUAAGGAUGAACUAUGUUGGCUCCAGCAGACCUGGAUUUCUCCAGAUCCCUUAAAAAACAAUUAUUUCCCAGGAAACCAUCAACUACACAUUUUGGGUGAGGUUUGCAUGUGGUGGAACACAGGAGAGGGAGCCACUGCAUCCCCUUCCCCUCCACUCUAGGGCAGGAAGGAGCUGGUGUGUUGCUCACUGCCGGCAGAGACGGGGAGGAAUGCUGGGGCAGAGCUGCAGUGUGCACUGUUUUGUCCUUCUCCAACCCUGCCAACUGCAGCAUUUCCACCCCUGGGCACUGCAUGUGCGCCUGUGUAGCAUGGCGCAUGGUAUACAUCACUCCUGCACUGCCGCUGCCCUCCAGGCUGGUUAUGGCUCCUGAAGCAACAAAAUCCCCAGGCCAGGAACCAUUCAUUGCUCACCUCCUGGAUUCCUACUGGCCCUUCUGUGCUACUCAAAUGAGCAUUUUGCUUUUGAAGCCUGAAAAUCAACCACCCUAUAAAUAA